AUGAAUCUCGAAAAGAGGAUUGAGGGUUGGAACAAAUCUAUAACAAGAAUUCUUGGAAUUCCUUGGGCAUUCUUGAUUGGUGCUGAACUAACUAUAGUGCAAAGUCGUAUCUCUUUGGUUAAUAAGGUCCAAAAGGUUUAUGGCUCCCAGGGGGUGCAGAUACAUAAUAGGCAUAUAGAAAUUAUUGUACGUCGAAUAACAUCAAAAGUUUUGGUUUCAGAAGAAGAAAUGUCUAAUGUUUUUUCGCUCGGAGAACUAAUUGGAUUGUUGCGAGCGGAACGAAUGGGACACACUUUGGAAGAAGCGAUCUGUUACCAAGCCGUCUUAUUGGGAAUAACAAGAGCAUCUAUGAAUACUCAAAGUUUCAUAUCUGAAGCUAGUUUUCAAGAAUCUGCUAGAUUUUUAGCAAAAGUAGCUCUCCUGGGCCAUAUUGAUUGGUUGAAAUGUCUGAAAGAAAUCGUUGUUAUAGGGGGAUGA